CACCACCUCUAAAUUUCUUUGUGUUCCCCGCACCACGUCACUUUAUCGGACUUAAACAAUGGCUACCGCAGCGAACUCGUACUAUUUCCGCCGCCGCACAAUGGGCCGAGCAGCGUCCCCACCCACAUGGGCCUGCUACGAGCAGAUCAGGUACGACGACGAAGAUUAUAGUGAUAGUUGUUCGGAUUCCUGUUCCGAGGAUGAGGAAGAUUACUCCGGAUCUGCUGCUGCUGCUGACUCGGGUGUGAGGCAGAGUCGUGGGGAUAUGAGUGACGAUGCGGAGGAUGUCGUGGUGCAUCCGACGACGACGCAGGACAACAGCAGUGAUAUUGACAUGGAUAUGGGCGAUGGUGAUGAAGCUAAGAAGCAUCAGAAAGACCAGAUACAGCAGAAGGAUGUGAAGGGCAAGCAGCGCGCUAUAGAGCCUGAGCCGGAGAGUCCUAGACGCCAGAGGAAGAAGAAACAGCAAGUGUACACUCUCCGGCCUAUCUUGACUAUCCAGAGGAGUCAAGGAUUCGUAUGGAAUCAGGACCUCUUCGUACCGCCGUAUAUUAAAGAUCGAUAUGUCGCAUCCACCUCUCCACCGAACUCUCGCGGGUUCAUCUCUACCUCUGCGUCAUCUACCAACUCGGCUUUGACCGACUACGAGGUCGAAGUCGUUGAGAUUCGAGUGCAGGAGGGCGAUCUCGAUGAUAUUAUUCCUUAGAUCUGAACUUGCCGCAAAUUCACUCCAUCCCCAUUUUCCCUUGUCCAUUGGAAAUCCUACAUUUAUAACUUCACCCCCCCUCCGAUCUCUUGGUUCGCGUAAUUCCCUUCCGUAUUACUCUUACAUGCAUAUACAUAUAAAGGUCGCCAUUCCCAUAAAUCAUUGUACUUACUUUCAAAUGUAUUUAUCAACUCCCCACUCUAUACGUCGUCUUGAG